AUGUUACUGAAGGUGCCAAAUGUCCCAUCGUCCUGGUACAAAUUAAAACAAGUUAUUAGUAGGUCGAAUACAAAACCAAAACAAAAACAAAAAAUGAUUGAUUUAACACUAUAUUUUUGUCCAGAGUGUGAAAAUGAAUCUAGUGAUUCAGAUAAAUGUACUAAUCCGUUUUGUUCAUACAACACAAAUACAUUAAUACCACCUCACACAUGUAUGAUAAUGAAUAUUCAACAACAAAUUGAACAAGUUUUAAGAUCAAUCAAUCAAAAUGAUUUGAAUUUACCAGCGGAAAAAUAUAGAAAUACUAAAAAAUCAAUGACUGAUAUUCAGGAUGGACAUGUUUAUACAAACAUCUUACACUCAUUGGAAAAUGAACGUCAAUCAAAGUUUAUAUCUUUAACGUGCAACAUUGAUGGAGCAGCAAUUUAUACAAGUAGUGAACAAAGUAUGUGGACCUUCACAGCUUGUGUAAAUGAACUGAAGCGAACAAAGCGUUUUUCGAUUGAAAAUAUUAUUGUACUAGCAAUCAGUGUAGGCCGUAAAAAACCAUCCCGAGUGAUCAUGCAAAAGAUGCUUUCUCCAAUAGUUCUACGUCUAAAAGCAUUACAAAAACCAAAUUUAUAUCAAAUCUCCAUCGAUUCAUAUGAAAUACUACGUGUUUAUCUUAUUGGAAUCUGUAAUGAUAAACCUGCGAAUAGUCUUGUUCAGAAUCAAUCUGAACCAAAUGCAUUGUACGGUUGAUAUACAACACCAGCAAAAAUUCACGCAAUACCAGCAAGAUCAAAAAAAAUAACAACCACAUAUAUUCGGAUUUUUCCAACGCCAACUAAUGAAAAACCGCAAAUGAGAUCAAAUGCUCGAUGGCAUGAAAUAAGUCAUGCUGUUCAAAACGGUCAUGUUUUUUUUACUGAAGAAAAAAAAACACAUUCGUUUGGUUAUGAAGGUGAAUCUGAAUUUACGAAUUUAGCAUUUGUUGAUCGUGGUACAUCUUUUAUGAGCGACACUUUGCAUACGAUCUAUCAUGGUGCCUUUGUACGUGCUAAAGAAUUUUUAAAAAUAAGUAGUUAUAUAUUAUUUUCUGAAGUAGAAGAAAUUAUUACAAUUGUGGACAAAAUCACCAAACAAUCAGUCAUGGUCGAUAGCACGCUUUCUGCCAUUCAUAAAUCUUGA